AUGAAUACUACAGAACAAUUUGAAGGAUUUGCAGUUACAAACUUAGAUGCCUGUACUGAAGUUACCAAGGUGAAAUUCAACCCAAGACCCUUUGGCGAAAUUGACAUUGAUGUCAAAAUCCAUGCCUGUGGAAUUUGUGGACUGGUCUGUCAUACAAUUAGUGGCGGUUGGGGUAAAGUUAAGCUUCCGCGAUUGUAG